AUGUCAUGCAACAAGCAGACCUUUGUGCAGCCCAAGGCCUAUGGCUUCAAAGGCACCACGGCAACCCCGACCACGAGCAAGGCCAUCGACAAGAUCCGUGAGGCCGACAGGCGUGUACCUUCAGCUCGUUCUCAGCGAAAGGGCUCACCUGUGAUACUUCGCCAGCCCAUUAGAGAGCGUGGUCGGCAUGAGGUCACCUCUUUCACGGCCACCGAACCGAACGAUAAGGAAGAGACAACAACAACAGCCACCUUGAAUAAUCAUCGGGCGGACAAACCCAAUCACCCACCCUCAACUCGUACUAAGCGCAAAGCCGCACCUGUUAUCCUCCUCGAACCCACUACGAAGCGAGAACGGCUUGUAGCUACAUCUUUGGCUGUCGCGCCACAGCAUAGCAAGCAAAAGCCCACCACGAUGGCCACGUCCAAGAAGCGUUGUGCCGAACAGCCUUGGUGGUCUGCCGAAUUGAAGCGCGCGUUCCCAUCACACAACGUAGUCAAGGCUCCGAAGCGUCGUGUUCAGAAGAAAACUGUGCUAACGGAAGGGCUGGUGGAUGCUCGCAACAGCCAGGCUCUGGACAUGUACUCGAAGCCUGUGAUGGGUGACCCGAAGGCUCUGAAACAGCUUGCCGACUUCCAGUGUAGCUGUCGACAGCCUGGUGCUCCAAGAUGCUACUGCGCUUGGUGCGCGGGUGAUUUCGCCGGUCCACCCAAGCAGGGCACAGGAAGCCCUUGGGUUGACGUCAAGAGUCUGAUCCCGUCCCAUCUCAAACCCAAAGAGCUCUCGGACCUCAAGAUGAGCUCCAGAAAGAUCGCCCAUGUGUCUGGUGAAGCCGACAAGUCCAGACCUCUUGGUGCGCGCCUCGUUCCGGAUGGCUUCUUCUGUGAUCGCUGCCAGACCAUCCAUCGACCCACCGCCUUCAUCCCGUCGUGCUACAAUGACCAAAACUUCAGCUCCCUCUCAGGAGUGCCCACUUUCAACCUCGGGCGCCUUCUGGCAAAGACCAUUGCUCUGGGUCAGUGCGACAGCGACGAAGCCAAGCUGGUUCUCAAUUCCAUGAGCACUCGAUCCUUCAGGGCGACCAAAUUGCCCGAGGCGGGCCUGAAAAUCUUGGCCGAGACUUCUCACGAGGCGAAACUUGUCAACGGCCAGCUCAUGGUCAAGACACAGGUCGUGGUGUGGCCCGACCCGAUCAGCAAUGAUGUCUUUGCAAGGUUUACGGCCUCGACUCCAUGUUGGAAGUUUCCCCUCGAUCCUUUGACCCGCUCCAUUCACUCUACCAUCUCUGAGGAGAUGGCUCUGGCAACAGGACAAAUGGACAAGGAGGGUCACCUGAAGUUAGCCGAGCCUGGCCUCAUGGAUGCGGUCCAGUACCUCCAAACCAACCAGGGCAUGGUCUACUGCUGCGAGGAUGCCCACACGGACUAUAGCUUCGGUGUGGUCAACACCGAUCUCAUGGAUAAGUGUAUCGUCCUCACUGCCUGGAAAGAUUACGGCGGCUUUGGCCAAGAGCAGCCUCGCAAGUGGUUAACACACGUUUCGGCCAAAUCCCUGCGGAAACACGAGCUCAGGGUGAGUGUUCCUCCCAGACGCCAGCCGCUGGGCCAUGCGGGCAUCGCGAGUAAGUUUGAGGGACAAGCGCUGGGCAUGAAGUGCAACAUGAAGUACGGGCCUGUGCUCGAAGACGAUGACAUGCUGCGACUGCUGCAGGUCAAAUGGGCAAUGGAGGGCCUGGGGGGUGAUGAGAACGCUCGGGGCGCUGAGGAUGGUCACGAUGACGAUAAGGACGACGACCUGUGGGGCUCGGGUGAAGACUGA